AUGGCGGCCGCCACGGAUUACCCUACAAUCGCCUCGCCUUCCGAUGGCCCAUCUGGAAACGCGACCUACAACCUGGGCUCACCAACCGGUCUAUCUGCACCGAUGACCGCUGCAAUCGGCGGCGUCGAAAAUGACGCCACUGCUGCGUCCGACCCCAUAGCCGGGCUGGGCUCGCCCACGAGCCCCAAGCAGACAGCCGGGUCGACCGAGCUGCCAAAACCAGUGCAGGAUGUCCUGCAGUCGGAAAUUGGCAUCGUCACGAUGCUUGGCCGCCUGAAGCAGAGUGUCGCCACAGCCAAGGAAUUCUCGCUCUUCCUCAAGAAACGUGCCCAGCUCGAAGAAGAGUACUCGUCCGGCAUGCGCAAGCUGGCUCGCACGACCCAGGAUAACGUGGCGCGCAGCCAGGACACCUUUGGUACCGCCUUUACCGAGAUGAUGGACAUCCACACCCGCAUGGCCGACAACGGCUACCAGUUCUCCGUCUCGCUCCACCAGAUGCACGAAGACCUGCUGGAGCUGGCUGCCAUGGCCGAGAAGAGCCGCAAGGGCUGGAAACAGACCGGCCUGGCAGCCGAGCAGCGGAUCGUCGACCUCGAGGCCGGCACGCGCAAGUCCAAGGCCAAGUACGACUCCCUGGCCGAGGAGUACGACCGCGUGCGUACCGGCGAUGUCGGAGGCCGCCGCGCCGGCUUCGGCUUCAAGGGCCACAAGUCGGCCGCCCAGCACGAGGAGGAUCUGCUGCGCAAGCUGCACGGUGCCGACGAGGACUAUCACAACCGCGUCGACACCCUCUCGCGGGAACGCGCCGAGCUGCUGGCCACUGGCCGCCCAGAGAUCAUAAAGGCCCUGCAGGAUAUUGUCCGCGAGUGCGAUGGUGGCGUCGUUCUUCAGGUGCAGAAAUAUGCUUCCUUCAGCGAGAAGCUGCUGCUAAGCAACGGCCUCAGCAUCAGCCCUAUCAAGUCGGCACAGAAGCCUGAUGUUCGCAGCCUGCGGGAAGUGGUCAUCUCUGUCGAUACCGAAAAAGAUCUCAACCACUACAUCUCCACUUUCCACAGCAAGGUACCGCCCAAGACCGGCGACCCGAAGUAUGAGCGUCAUCCGGUUCUUGGCGGCGCGUCCAGCCAACCUCCGGCCUCUUCGCCGAGCGUUUCAAGAACCCACACCUCCUCGCAGUCCGUGUCUCAGCCCACAGGGCUGUCCCAGACUUCCUACACCGACACCCUGCAGUCUUCAGUAACAGCAACCCCAACGCCGUAUGGGUCUACCAGUGCAUCCGCUGCGCGAGGUCCCCAAACUCUCGGGCCUGCCCCCAGCUCCAGUCACCAGCAUGAACGCAGCUUCAGCUAUAGCAGCGCCUUCGGCCAGAACAGCCGGUCGUCCCAGGGCACCACUGCGCAGCCGCCGCUUCUGCCGCAGUCGCCGCCGCCGCAACCGCACAACUCGUUGCCAAGCGUUGGUACUCCCACGACCAGUGGUCCUUCCACCGAGAGCCCGUCAGCGUUCACUCCCGCACCUCUCGCAGCAACUCAAAGCUCGCGCUACUACAGCAACAACAACAACAGCCCGGCUGUCCCCCCUUAUUCGGCACCUGCUAUUGACGGCCCACCACAGCUUGGCGCCCUGCCUUUCCAGACAAAGGGCAGCGCUCCCCCCCCAGCGGUAGCCCCGCCGCUUACCAGCACCAUGCUCAACGCUCCACAGCUGCCGCAGCCACUGGUGCAACAACAGCCGCAGCCGCAGCCGCAACAGCAGCUGCAACAGCAGCUGCAGCUGCAGCAACAGUCCAGCCCAAUGCUGCCGCAUCUGUCUGCGCCCAUCGGCGGCGGCGCCCCUUCGAAGCCUGUUUUUGGCGUCUCUUUGGAGACCCUGUACGAUCGCGAUGGCCUGGCCGUGCCCAUGGUGGUGUACCAGUGCAUCCAGGCCGUUGAUCUAUUUGGCCUCACUGUGGAGGGCAUCUACCGGCUCUCGGGAUCACUGCCGCACGUGAACAAGCUCAAGUCCAUGUUUGAUACUGACACUACCUCUCCCAAGCUGGACUUCCGCAACCCUGAAAACUUCUUCCACGACGUCAAUAGUGUGGCCGGUCUGCUGAAGCAGUUCUUCAGAGACCUUCCGGACCCUCUGCUGACUAGAGAACACUACGAUCGAUUCGUUCUCGCAGCUCAACACGACGAUGACACCGUCCGCCGGGAUUCCCUGCACGCGGUUAUCAAUGACCUGCCAGACCCCAACUACGCCACGUUGCGGGCCUUGGUGCUGCACUUGAACCGUGUUGUCGAGAACAUGUCCGUCACGCGCAUGACGUCCCAGAAUUUGGCCAUCGUGUUUGGACCAACACUGAUGGGAGCCGGCGCCAUCGACGCCGAAAAGGGCCGCUGGCAUGUCCGUGUGAUUGACACUAUCUUGCAGAACACGUACCAGAUCUUUGAUGAGGAUUGA